AUGAGAUUGUUAGUUAGUUGUAUUGAUAAUGGUUCCUUGAAGGAAAUUGUAUGCAAUCAGAACACUGAUACUUCUGUCCAGACAGGAUUACAACCUCUGCAUGUGGAGAUGCAUCUGGCCCAGGGAUUAGGGAGUUACGUCGAAAAGAUGUGUUUGGUUUCUCCGAAGAUCAUAUUACUUGCAAGAGCAAAUGGUGCUAUUGAAUUAGUUCAGAUAGAAACUGUUGCUAAAUAUAACGACGAAGAUAAAAAGAAUAGUUCAUUGCCUUUACCAGAAUUCGAGGUAUCGAGUUUUGAAGUAGUUGAUAAGUUGGAUGGGUUUACUGACAAUAGUAGAAUAGAACACUUAUUCAAAAAUUCAAAGAAGAGAACUAGGGUAAAUGAUGGAUUUGUUACGUUAUCACCAAUGCCUCACUCUGUGGAUACGUUUUUUGUUGCAACAAAGUCUGGUUUGAUUCAUGUCAUUAAAGUCGACGAGAAGACAAAUAAAUUAUCGAAGGUAUCUUCUUUAGAGGUCAAGGCUCCAUUAGAGUUUGCACAAUUGUAUGAUUUAGAUAUUAAUUCUGAUAGAAUUGUCUUUGGGUAUGGUGGUGAGGAAAAUAUAGUGAAACUUGUGGAGUUGGAGAAAGAUUUCUCUAGUUUGAAAGAAAUAUGGGAAGCUAAAAAUGUAAAGAAUGACAGACUUGAUAUGCGAGUCCCUGUUUGGCCUGUUGGUUUGAAGUUUCUAUUGCCUUAUAAUGGCAAAGAUAAAGAUUCCACCAAGCUAAAUUAUCAAUUCAUUAUCAUAACAAGAUACUCGCAUUUAGGUAAAUAUAGAACACAACAUGGCCGUAAGCCAAUGGAGUAUAUUGAUUUAUUACCAAACCGUGAACCACUUACUUCACUAAAAUUGAUAUAUGAGAACGUUACAGAACAAGGAAAUGCAGAGACUGAAGAUUUCAAUGAUAUCGAGGUCGUGACAACCGAUACAAAGAAAGAUGUCAUGAAGUUUGAUCAUUCUGGUAGAUUACUAUGCAAAUUUGGUAAACAAGACAUAGUCGGUGCCUCCAAAUUCAUUGACGUUGACGACCAAAAAUAUCUACUGCAAGGUGGGUUUGACAGAUAUCUAAGAAUAUUCGAUCUUCAAUCAAAUAAAAGAACAGUCAAGAUUUACGUUGGAAGCAAAAUUCAAAGUGUUCUUGUUCUUGAUGACGAAGAAGUUGAAAUACCAGAUGAUCCAAAUAGUCCAGAAUAUGCUAAAAAGAUGAGAAAGCUAAAACGUGAACAACAAACAAAAGAAGAUAACGAAGAAGAGUUAUGGGAUUCAUUGGAUAAAAGAUCAAAGAAGCAGAAAAAAUGA